GAAUUUUUAACAGUGCACCCACUGUCAGGCGCCCAGCGAGGCGCCGGCGUUCGCAUGGGCACAGUCAGUCCCGCCCCAGACACCGCCGCGGUCCCACGACAAGCCCUGCACGCCCCCCAGCCGGGGGAAUGGGUCUAUUCCGACGCAAAGAUGGCGCCAGCGCCGAGUCCGUAGUCCCGGCAUGGCUGGUGCGCCGUGUGCCGGUCUUGAGAUGGCUGCCGGCCUACACGUCGGACCUGGCCGUCGCCGACCUGGUGUCCGGGAUCACCCUGGGCCUGACCAUGAUGCCGCAGAGCAUUGCCUACGCCCAGCUGGCCGGCGUCAAGCCCGAGUACGGGCUGUACUCCGCGUUCGCCGGCGGCAUCGCCUACAUGCUGCUGGGCACCAUCAAGCAGGUCGUCAUCGGCCCCGCCUCCAUCAUGUCCAUCGUGACGCUGCAGUUCACCCGCGACAAGCCCGUCACCUUCGUGCACCUGCUCACCUUCUUCACGGGCCUGGUCCAGUUCGCCAUGACGGUGCUGCGCCUGGGCUUCCUGGUGGACUUCAUCUCCAUGCCCGUGGUGUCGGCCUUCACCUCGGCCACGGCUAUCAUCAUCAUGGUGGCGCAGCUGCCGCCGCUGCUGGGGGUGUACGUCCGCGGCCACGGCUGCGUGGACACACUGCUGCAGCUCGGGCGGCGCGUCUCUGAGGUGCGCCCCGGCGACGCGGGCCUCGGCUUCGCCUCCAUCGCCUUCCUCCUGGCCUUCAAGGGGCUGUCCCUGGUCCGCGUGGACCCGGCCCGGCGGCUGGGCCGCGCCCUGUGGUUCCUGUCCAUCUCCAAGAACGCCUUCUGCAUCACGGCGGCCUCCGUGGUGGCCUUCCUGCUGGCCAGCCGGCCGGCGGAGGGGGAGACGGUGGUGCCGUUCGCCGUGGUGGGGUACAUGACGCCCGGCCUGCCCGCCGUCACCCUGCCCCCGUUCGGCGGCACCACGGCGGGCAACGCCACAUACAGCUUCGUGGACAUGACGGCCGAGCUGGGCGUGGGCAUCGUGGUCACACCCGUCGUCGGCGUCCUCGUCAACAUCGCCAUCGCCAAGGCCUACGCGACCAGCAGCAUGAGCGGCGCCCUGGACGCGUCGCAGGAGAUGCUGAGCCUGGCGUCCUGCAACCUGGUGGGCUCGCUGCUGCAGGCCAUGCCCGUGUCGGGGGCACUGACUCGCUCGGCCGUGGCGGAGGCCUCGGGCGUGCGCACGCCGCUGGCCGGCGCGUACUGCAGCCUGCUCAUCGUGGGCGCGCUGGCCUGGCUCACGCCCUACUUCUACUUCAUCCCGCGGCCGACCCUCGCCGCCGUGCUCAUCGUGGCCGUGGGCAGCCUGGUGGACGCCGCCAUCGUGCCGCGCCUCUGGAGGACGAGCAAGCGCGACCUGGCGGUGCUGGUGGCGACCUUCCUGACGUGCCUGUGGCUCGGCGUGGAGGUGGGCCUGGUGGUCGGCAUGCUGCUGGACGCCACCAGGCUGCUGCAGCCCUGGACCACGCCGGCCGUGGCGGACACCGCGCGACAGAGCGAGGACGGCGCCGAGUACGUGCUGGUGCGGCCGUCGCUGGGCCUGCUGUACCCCGGCGUGGAGGCCCUGCGCCAGCACGCCUCCGGGACCGCCAAGGGGCUCGGCCGCGGCGAGCUCCCCGUCGUGCUGGACUUCUCCGCCGUCGUCACCCUGGACUACUCGGGCGCCUCGGCCCUCGUGGCGCUGGCCAAGGAGCUGCAGCAGGGCGGGCAGCGCCUCCUGCUGACGGGGACGCGGCCCGGCGCGCGCGCCAAGCUGGUGGGCGCUGGCUUCGACGUGGAGGCCUUCUGCGAGGAGGACGCCCUGGCCAGCACACUGCGCGCACUGCGGCGCGACGGCGUCGACGGGCUGCCGUCCGCCAGGAGCCCCCUGCUGGCCGGGGAGGCCGUCGUGCACGCCAAAGAGGCGCCGGGCACGUGAACGGCGAGGACCUAGCCCUCCACGGCGUGCACCUUCAGCGGCAGGGCUGGCCUCUCGCCGGACUGCCGCCCCGCCAAAGCUAGCCAGUGCUGCCACGUUAGUCGACCCAAACUCCCACGAUGCACCAGUGUCGAAAGGGCUGCCAACCUCAGCCUGCCGACGUGACACUAUCCGCACUUUGCUAUUCAAGAGUUGACCAGUAGGCAGGCGGAGGUUGGCAACCCUAUCGACAAUGGUGCGUUUUGGCAACCCUUGAGCCUGCCAGCCUCUCUCGUCACCCCAAGGGGCUCUCUUCUCGAGUGAGCUGCUCCCUCCGUCGAUCGGGGCAGAAAUAAACAGCCGGUUGCAAAAA